UCACUGAAUCACCACUGGUGGGAACGGAAGCUCCGCACACACAGGCCAGCAAAGACUAGCAACCCUGCUGAACGAAAGGAAAGAGAAUUCAUAGAGGAAAAGUGGCCAUGGACCUGAUCCCAAGCUUUUCCAUGGAAACCUGGCUUCUCCUGGCUACGGGCCUCGUGUUCCUCUAUCUAUAUGGGACCUCCACACAUGGACUUUUUAAGAAGCUGGGAAUUCCUGGGCCAACACCUUGGCCUUUUGUGGGAACUGCUCUGGCCUACCGUAAGGGUUUUUCUGGUUUUGAUGAGAAAUGUUUUAGAAAGUAUGGAAGAUUUUGGGGGUUUUAUGAUGGGCGACAGCCUGUGUUGGCUAUCAUGGAUCCGGACAUGAUCAAAACGGUACUCGUGAAAGGAUGUUACUCUGUCUUCACAAACCGGCGGGUAGGCAUGGAUUUAUUUUACAUUUACAUA